AUCGGCAGCAGGGCGGUUGAGCACGCAGUUAGCUCCAUCGGCUCUACAAUCGUCGUCUUCCCCCAACCACGACGCAUCCAGUUCAGUAUCUUUGAAGCUUUCCACAAGCACUCCGUUACCUCUAUCCUCCGUUCAGAGCCCUCGGACCGCUGUCGGUCGGCCCCCCGCAGCAACAGCAAACACGGCCGGCCUUCUGUCCUCGAGCUCGUCGCAAUCGCUUCUCGCCAACGUCAGUGUGGGCAUGAAGUCUCCUCUUGGUUCACGGCAGUCACAUGCUGAAGAUCCUCCGGUAUCUCCACGGAAGAACAGUUGUCCCUCCUCCCCGGUGCCGCCGCGAGCAGACGAGAAAAAUUCCAACACGUCGGCCACUUCCACAUUGCAGCAGAUGCCGUCCACUUCUCGAGAAGGCGGCAGGACGGAAGACACGGCCACAGCCAACGGCUUCAAUGACGAGGACCUCGCGCUUCUUCUCCCGGAAGGGAGAAAAAGUCACAGUUUCGAGGCCACAACUCAAAGUCGAAACACCGAACGCACACGAGGGAACAGGUCAACAGCCACGGCAGGUCUCUUGACAGGAAGUCUGGUGGAGGCAGCACAAAAGUCCUCCAGGAAGAGUGCUGAUUCCAAAGAGUCUUUCGACGCUCCGCACCACCAACUGUUCACGCCCCUUGCUCAAGGCCAAGUUUCGGGACCGAAAGAGCCCAAACGCUCCUCGACAGGAAGGUCUUCACCUCAAGAGAUUUCCAGGGAUUCUUCCUCACAGUUUGCCUCCUCGCGUGGUAUUCCCUCACCACAACUAGCUCCGGUUGGAGCAGGCAAGGAAGAUAACAGGACACUAGACACGCAAAGCGGACGCGGCGGUAGAACCUGCCGCUCGGGUUCUAGCAGUUGCUCAGUCAGGAGACAGGCAAGCCGGGCGAACAGCAUGCAGCAGGUGUCGCUCCUCUCUGCUUUGACUGACGGAGAUUCGGAACUAGACGCGAUUCUCUCCCUCGGUCUUCCGCAGCCUCAGUCCUCUUCCUCCCUCGGUGUUUCGCCGCGGGACUUGAAGAAAUCGCCCUCUCCUCCGGCGGCGACGUCGGCCAGGUCUCGCAAUUCCCUUUCUUCUUCUGUGUCUGGCAACUUCGGAUCCGCCUCGCGGCAGCCGGCGUCACCUCGGCCUCUCCUUGGAGCUAUGGGGAGCAAAUCGUCUCUCUGUUGCGAACCCAAAGAUGCAGACUGUGGCGAGGUUUCCUUGCGAAAAGACGCCCGGAAGCAACCCAAAAGCGGCGAGACUCCACUCGCACGCAACAACCUGGAAGAGGGCGAAGUCGUCGUCCGUUCUUCCGCGUCUGUCUUCCAGACUCUCUCUCGUUCUUCCAUUCCCCGCCAGCAAAAAGAGAGACACGCUCUCUCCACUAGCAGCCACCCGUCUGUCGCCCUGUCUGCUACGACCGGCAGCGGCCACAGAGCGCGGUCUGCAAAUGUGUGCGCGAAGGCGUCGCCUGUGCCUUUGAGUCGCGAAGAGGAACGAAGGACUGAAGGAAGUGACCGGCUCGACGAUCUUAAGCAGAGUGUCUCAAAUGCAAACAGCGAUACUGGCGAAAUCUCGAGUGUCGCUGCAGCUGCAGCCGCUGAAGCCGCUCGCGGGGCAGCCGCUGCUGAGGCCGCCGCCGCCGCAGCCGCAGACGCCGCCGCUGCUGUGGUAGACCGGGAAACCUCAAAGGACCUGCAAAUUGAACAUCUGAGAGCCGAGAACAGGAAACUUCAUCUGGAGAAGCAGCUGCUCCAGCAGCGCCUUCAGUCUGAGUUGAGAGCCUCUGAGGCGACCAGCAAACGAUCGUUGGCAGCUGAGAGGGCUCAGUGGGAAGGCGAGAAGAAUCGGCUGGAGAUCCAAAAUCGGAGCCUUCAAGACGAAGUUUCUCGGCAACAUCUCAGAGAGACAUCUGCACUCUUCUUCGUCACGUAGAAUCUUCAGCAGAGUCCAUCAAGUUAAUUUCGGAACGCCUUGCCCAAGAGUCUACCCAUGGCAAGCAAGAACUUGAUUUCCAAGUAUGUGC